AUGGCGCUUCCUUUGAUUAGAGUUCACUGGCUGAACGACUCGAGAGCCUUCAGGGUUCUCUUCCUUCUUGAGCAAUUGAAACUAGACUAUGAGAUCGUGAGUUACAGGAGAGAUGAGGACUUUCGUGCGCCUGCGGAGUUGAAGAAAGUCCAUCCGCUGGGCAGAGCUCCCUUGAUUGAGCUGGAGGAUCGCUCUACAGGGAAGAAGAAGGUGCUGGCUGAGUCCGGUUACAUCUUUCAGUAUAUUUUGAGCCAUUUCGACACUGAUGGUGUGCUGAAGAAUAAUGACCCUGACAUGGCGGAGAAGAUUCAAUACUAUCUGUAUUAUGCCGAAGGGUCGCUUCACCCCCCUUUGACGGUGGAGUUUGUGCUUUUGAUGGCCAGGAAGGCUCCUGUUCCGUUCCCAAUUUCGUAUUUGGUGGGCAUGGUGACCCGUAAGAUUAGCAGUAAGUAUUCUGCGGGGGAGUUGAAGAAUCAAAUUGAUUAUGUAGAGGCCGAAAUUGCCAAGAAUCAGGGUUUCUUGGUUGGAGGAAAGCUCAGUGGAGCAGACAUCUUGAUUUCUUACCCUCUGAUGUCUGUUUUCGAUCUAGGGCUUGCGCAGAAGAAAGACUAUCCAAACAUUAGUAAAUUGCUGGACAAUUUAAGCACUCUAGAUUCCUAUGCCUCUGCAAAGAAAAAGGAUGAGUCUCUCGCUAGCGAUGAUUGA